GUUCUGCUAACUUGUUGAAUGUAUCGAAAGUGACAGUGUAAUUUGUGCCACAUCGGACUGUGUCGUGAGGAGGUGGAGGCUUGAUGACACCUUCAGGCAUAGAAAGAAGCGCAUACACAUACACUUUGAGCAAAAGCAGGCUUCAGAAAAGCGCAGCGUGCUCUUCGCUUUGCACUCAUCGACACACACAGACACACACACACAAUAAAAAUAAAAUCAAGAAGUCAGGGUGGAGACGGCACACCAAUCCUGCCCUCCCCACCGGACAGACGAUAGUAGCCUCUCUCUUUGUCUCUCUCCAUCCAUCCAGCAGCCUGGAUGCGCUCUGCUCCUCGGCGAAGGAGGAAGCUGUCGAUCCGUCCGCAGAGGAGGUGCUGCCCGCCGCUUCUUUUCGCUGGAUGGACCGCCGUCUAGGCGCUUUUCGUCCCGGCUCGGAUUUGACGCCUAUCCACUUUUUGACGAUGUCAGCUGAUUUUGUGGAACCCUGAAGGCGAGGAGCACUUCUUCCAAGACUCACCAUGGCUACGGGAGUCGCCGCGUGGCUCCCCUUCGCCCGGGCGGCCGCCAUUGGCUGGAUGCCCGUUGCCAGUUGCCCCAUGCCGGUGGCGCCACGAGACCACCGUCGCCGGCAGGACGAGCUCAUCAUCCUCAACGUCAGCGGCCGUCGAUUCCAAACCUGGAGGACCACUCUGGACAGGUACCCAGAUACCCUGCUUGGCAGCUCAGAGAAGGACUUCUUCUAUAAUGAGGAAACCAAGGAGUACUUCUUUGACCGAGACCCAGACGCCUUCCGAAGCAUCCUAAACUUCUACCGGACUGGGAAGCUGCACUUCCCGCGGCACGAGUGCAUCUCCGCCUACGACGAGGAGCUGACCUUCUUCGGCAUCAUCCCGGAGAUUAUUGGCGACUGCUGCUAUGAAGAGUACAAAGACCGGAAGCGAGAGAACCUGGAGCGGCUUCAAGACGACCAGGAGGAAAACAAAGACGUUAAGCUACCACACAUGAACUUCAGACAGACCAUGUGGCGGGCGUUUGAGAACCCUCAUACCUCCACCAUGGCGCUGGUGUUCUACUACGUCACUGGCUUCUUCAUCGCCAUCUCUGUCAUUACCAACGUGGUGGAGACGGUGCCGUGUGGCUCCACCCCUACUCAGAAAGACAUGCCGUGCGGCGAACGCUAUACGGUAGCGUUCUUCUGCAUGGACACGGCUUGUGUCAUGAUCUUCACAGUGGAGUACCUGCUGCGCUUGUUUGCCGCGCCGAGCCGCUAUCGCUUCAUGCGCUCUGUGAUGAGCAUCAUCGACGUGGUGGCCAUCCUCCCGUAUUACAUUGGCCUGGUGAUGACCGACAACGAGGACGUGAGCGGUGCCUUUGUUACGCUGCGGGUCUUCCGCGUCUUUCGCAUCUUCAAGUUCUCGCGCCACUCACAGGGCCUGCGCAUCCUGGGCUACACGCUCAAGAGCUGCGCCUCCGAGCUGGGCUUCCUGCUCUUUUCACUCACCAUGGCCAUCAUCAUAUUCGCCACGGUCAUGUUCUACGCUGAAAAGGGCUCAAGCUCGAGCAAGUUUACCAGCAUUCCGGCAUCCUUCUGGUACACCAUCGUCACCAUGACCACGCUGGGGUACGGCGACAUGGUGCCAAAGACAAUUGCUGGAAAAAUAUUCGGAUCUAUCUGUUCGCUCAGUGGCGUGCUCGUGAUCGCCCUGCCUGUGCCCGUCAUUGUUUCCAACUUCAGUCGCAUCUACCACCAGAACCAGAGGGCAGAUAAACGCCGUGCCCAGAAGAAAGCUCGAAUGGCCCGUAUACAUUUAGCCAAGUCCGGCAGCGCCAACGCCUUCCUGCUGAGCAAACGCAACGGACUCCUAAACGAAUUGCUGGAGCUGACGGGUACAAACACAGGUGAGCAGAAGCUGCCCAAGUCAGCGUGUCUUUUAGAGAGCCAACACCACCAUCUGCUGCACUGUCUGGAGAAAACCACUGCUCAUGAGUUCGUAGAUGAACAGUUAUAUGAGCAGAACUAUGUGGAAGCCGUGAUGCAGAGCUUCCCCGCCGCACGCAGAGAAUCCGUGAGUAGUCGUGACACAGCAACGCCGACCUGCUGCGGCCGAAGGUCCAAGAGGAACACGACCUUGCCCAUUGCCGCCCUGCAGCCCGGAGUCAACCAACAGGGCCCCUUGCAGGAGCUCAGUGCCAUCCACAUCCAGUGUGCUGAUAGACCAUCGCGCUCUACCAGUCGUUCAAAACUGAACCUGAAGGCGGACGAUGUCGGGAGGCUCAACUGUAAGGGAGGCCGAAUCACCACAGCCAUCGUCAGCCUCCCGUCGCCCCCCGCCCUGACCACGCCAGACAGUGACAACCUCCGCGGUCCCCCCACUCGCAGGCCGCCGCUCCCCUCCCCGGGGCCCAGCAUCCAGACCACGACCAGCUCGGCCAACGUCGUCAAAGUGUCGGCCCUGUGACGCUUUUAGCUGCGGAGACUUUUGUAAAUAUGUAAUGGACACAAGUGACCACGUCACAGUGGAGGCUUUGAGAGACACUGUGGUGCAAUUAGCAUAUCAGUCCAGCGGGUGGCGCUGCUCAGCUUCUACAAAGUCUAGUUCAAUAGUUCAAAGAAUGUUUUAUUGUCUAAAAAGUGUUGACUGUGCUUACUUGAAUUUAUUCGCUCGCGCGCGCGCGCGCGUGUGUGUGUGUGUGU